AUGUUUUAGUAAAGUAAAGAUGAAAAAGAAUCUAAAACUAAACAAAGUGAAAAUAAACACAAUUAAACAAAUUAGGGAAAUUAGGAGAAAUAAUAAUAAGAACGACAAAAAUUCAAUAACAAAAAGGAUUACUAAUUUGCAACAUUAAUGUAGAUUGGAAUGAAUGGAGUUGACUUUGAAUCCAUGUGUAAUUAAAAAAUAAACUCUACAAUGUCCGAGAUUAUUGGUGAGGUGUGCGUUAAUGAAAUAAAAAAAUGA